AUGACUCUGUUACAGUUUCAAAAUGAAGAAAAUAAGGAGGGGAAAGGAGAUAGUGAUGAAAUCAGUUUAGAUGAUGAUGAGCCUUUUUUUACAAGUUUCCUUGAAAGUAGUUCGGGUAAAAGGAAGAAGUCUAAGAAUGUUGGCAACAGCCCAUCAACCAAGAGUAAAACUUCAAUUUAUGAGGAAAAAGUAGAUGCUUUAUUGGAUGCCAUAUCAACAAAAAGCACACAAACCUUUCCACAAAAUAACCCCUCUCCUACAAUAACUGAUUGCAUGGCGGUUGUCAUAAAGUUUCCCGGUUUCGAUGAAGGAUGGAAAGUGAUGACUCUAAUUCAUUCGAUGAUAAUGAAGUGUGUUUGGUGGAAGAGGAUAUAG